CUGAUCUAAAAAAAAAUCACGAAAGUCCAGUUUGCCUUUUACUUCGUCCAGAGGUUUCAACUUUUUUCAGGCCAAGGACCGCUUAAUGGAUAGAGAGGAGGGACCCCAGUACUAAUUAAAAAAUAUAUAUAUUUGGAGGACCCCCAGUAAUACCACCAGGGACCCCCAAGGGAACCCCCAAGCCUUAGUCCAUAUAUAUUCUUGUAGAAGGAUGAUAUUUUGCUUAAUAAAAUGAAUUAUCUCUUAUAAAAGCAAAAAGGCACUUGAUGUCGUAUACUGUAUUGCUUUGCUGCAUUAUGGAUGACAUUGCAAUGUAGGCCUACAUAAAAACUGCAUUUUGAAGGGUAGAUCAUAAUGGAUCUCAGGAAAACAUGAAUAUUUGAGGCUUGUUAUCAUUAUAACCUUCAUCAGCUCUAUUCAGUUUCCAUGGUAGUUAUUGCUAUGGCAAUUGCUAUCUGUGCAUGUGUGCAGAAUAAUUUCUGUUUCACUGAAUCAUAUCUAUAUAAAUUGGUAUAUUAUGCAAUCUGACCUGUCAAUUAACCCAUGACAUAAUGGCAUUCUAGUAAUGUCUUUAUCUGUGUUGUGUAUUUGUACAUUUACAAAACACCUUAAAUGCUCUGCACGUCAGCCAAGUAGUGACAGUUAAACCUGUUCGUCACAGGAAGUGCAAGUGUGUAGUAAAUAGAGCUGCUUGCGUCUGCGUGCGUGCAAACUCUUAGGCGACCGCAGCGGUACCUGACUCUGAGCACAACUCGGUGCUAACCUGAGACGACAAAACUUGCAUCUGAUCCCCUCGAAACUGAUUUUUCCCACUCGGCUAUCUCAAUAUUCAGGUCUGUCGUGUUAUAAACAACUGCAGGUGAAGAAGUUGUGAUCAGCGUAAGCUUCAGGAGGACCAUGAGAUUGUGGUUUUUACCAGUAUUGUGCACCUAAACUCUGCAGAGCAGCAUGGGCAGUCGUCCCAGUAAAGAUCGGCGCGGGUCCAACGCACAUGCAGCCCCUUUGGGCUCAGAGGAGAGCACCAACUCGCUGUCUUUGGAUGUUGGUAGAUGCGUGGUGGUGUCCCUGUACGACUAUCCGUCCAGAGGUCCUGGUAACUGUGCUAUUAAAGUGGGAGAGAGGCUGAACAUUUUGUCAGAUGAAGGUGAAUGGUGGAAAGUGAGUUCAUCAGCCACAGGAAACGAGAGCUACAUCCCCAGCAAUUACACUGCCAAAGUGUAUAACAGGUGGCAGUUUGUAGGUCUGAGCAAACAGAAAGCAGAAGAGCUGCUGCUGCUUCCUCAUAAUCAACCCGGCUCUUUUCUCAUCAGAGAGAGUGAGACCUUUCCAGGUAACCACACUUUGUCGGUGCGUAGGAACAGCUCACAGGAACGCGCUUCUGUCAAACACUACCGUAUCAGCUGUAUUGACAAUGGAUGGGUGUACAUCUCUCCUGGACUAACUUUCAGAACCCUUGCAGACCUGGUUGCACACUAUUCAGAAGUAUCGAACGGGUUGUGCUGUACACUGGGUGAGCCCUGCUUCAUCAUCGGAUCCAAUAAUGUUCCCGUGGUAACCGGUCCUCCUCCCGUAGCUGUAAGGAAACCCACAAUAAACUGGAAAGAUGUGAACAGCUCCAUGAUCUUCGGACAAAGUAAAGAUGGUGCCGAAGAGUGUGUGGUGAGCGACGGUUUAAAGGAGGCCAUUAACUCUUACCUCUACAUGACGGACAAUUGCGAGGACUGCUGCCAAAUUUGGGACACAUGAAGGGACAAUGGCAAGCGUUUAGUCCUGUUGAAUUUCUGUGAUGGGAUGUUUAAGUGACUUUGAACUGUCGAUUGUGUUAUCCUGAGAUAUUAAACACUUAUACAACGGUUUAAAAACUGACACGGCAAAGAAAACGGACCUUCUUUUCACGCGCGCGUGUGUGUUAGAUCGCACUGACGCCGAAUGAUGGUUCGAAGCCAGAUGUACUGAGUCAUUGCCGUUCUUCCAGAGUGGGUGAUGGAGAUAAAGAUGUCACUCGUUCCUGGCGGACUUAAAAGAAAAACAGAAUGAAGGAAAGAAAGAGAGGAGUGAGCGAGUGGGAGGGGAAACACAGCUGGGCGGUGUGCGCAUGUGUCUGGAACUUUCUUAGUAAAACGCACUUAUUAGUUUACGUAGUUACAUGUGAUGAUCGUGGGUGUAACUGAUUUAUGAUGUAUCACAAAAAUCCAAAAGGAUUAUUUUUUUAUGACAUGUGAAUAUGUAUUUAUGAAGUAUACUGUAAAUGUGAGAUAUCUCUGUAUAUAGUUCCUUAACAGAUUCAUUGCAUAUGCUGUUUUAUGCGAAUGUGCCUUAAAAAUGAGCAUUUUUGUUUUUGUACUACUAAAAAUUAUCUUCAAUGAGAUGUUUCCUGUCAGUCUUGGCACCUAUUGUCUUGAAGAGAUGAACCGCAGUCUAGUGUUGCAGGAAAUGAAGUUUUGUUUGUGCAUGCAUGCGGUUUGCAUGCCGAGUACAGGGUAAUAUUUGUACCAAUAAAUCUUGGCGCUUGAGCACGCCACAUCUGAUAAAAUUAUCUGCAAUGUAAACAUUUGAGAAACUUUGUUCAUUUGGUUUACAGUAGCUGCGGCACAUCUCUGGUGUGAGAUACAGUUUUGCUCACAUUUACGCAUUUGGCAGACGCUUUUAUACAAAGCAACUUACAGUGCAUUGCAAGGUAUACAUUUUUAUCAGUAUAUGUGUUCCCUGAGUUCGAACCCAUGACCUUUUGGCUUGCUAACGCAAUGCUCUACCACUGAGCUAUACAGGAGUUUUUUUAUAGUCCACAGUAUUCUGAUAACAAUGUUUUCUGACUCAAACAUGAGCUUGUGUGUUAACCAAA